AUAUUUUACUCCACAAAACCCUAAUUCGUUUGUUCUUAAACUCCUUAAAACCCUAACCAACACAAUCCAUUGAUCCCUCUUCCUCUAUUCCCAAAACUAUCCCUCUCAUACACAACCUCUCUCUGAAGAGAGCAAGAAGUACUGUGCUCCAGGUCAAGCCAAUUUAGGUUUUCUAUAAUGGUGGCUGACAAGGGUAAGAAGCCGAAGAUCGGAGAGAAAAUAGCGGAGGAGGGCGCUGAGGAAAUCGACCUUGAGCUUGUUAAAUCCAUUGAAAAGUUGCAGGAGGUCCAAGAUGAGCUCGAAAAGAUCAAUGAGGAAGCAAGUGAUAAAGUUUUGGAAGUCGAACAAAAAUACAACGAAGUUAGGAAGCCAGUGUAUGGUAAACGGAAUGACAUUAUUAAAGCAAUUCCCGAUUUUUGGCUAACUGCUUUCUUGAGUCACCCUGCUCUCUCUGAUCUCCUGAACGAAGAAGACCAAAAGAUAUUCAAGCAUCUAACCUCUCUUGAAGUCGAAGAUAACAAAGAUGUGAAGUCAGGCUACUCAAUCACAUUUAACUUCAGUGCUAACCCUUACUUUGAGGAUACAAAGCUCACAAAAACUAUCACCUUCCUUGAUGAAGGAACAACAAAAAUUACUGCUACACCAAUCAAGUGGAAAGAGGGCAUGGGACUUUCAAAUGGAGUUACACAUGAGAAGAAUGGAAAUAAGCGGCCCCACGAGGAAGACAGCAGCUUCUUUAGUUGGUUCAGUGGGACCCAACGUGAAGAUGACAUGGAUGAAAUUCAAGAUGGAGUUGCGGAAAUGAUUAAAGAAGAUUUAUGGGUUAACCCUCUUACAUAUUUCAACAAUGAUGCUGAUGAAGAGGACUUUGGUGAUGAGGAUGAUGAAGAGGACAUUGGCACAGAUGACUCUGAAGAAGAUGAAGAGUGAAUGAUUGAAAGUUUUUGAAGGGAGUGAGUGGGUAGAUUUAUAGUUAAUUUUGUGGUUUGUGGUUUUUAAAAAAAAUGUAGGCGGUUGGUAUACAGGUUAUGCAAUUUCUUUAUUUAAACAAACCAAGAAAUGGAAUUUCCUGAAUAUGAAUCUUGUUUCUUUAUAUUUCUAUUU